AUGAAGCUGUCAGUGGCACUUUCUACGAUUGUUGCGCUGCAGCCAGCAGUCGGUGCUGCAGUGCAGAAUCGUGCGUCCGAUGUCGCCGAUCUGGAACACUACUGGUCGUAUGGCCAUUCAGAGCCUGUCUAUCCAACCCCUGAGACAAAGGGCCUUGGGGAUUGGGAAGAGGCCUUCACCAAGGCCCGAUCGCUCGUCGCUCAGAUGACUGACAAAGAGAAGAACAACAUCACAUAUGGUUAUAGUUCUACGGCCAACGGUUGUUCUGGGACUAGCGGGGGUGUCCCACGAUUAGGAUUCCCUGGGAUCUGCCUCCAAGAUGCCGGGAAUGGUGUGAGAGGAACGGAUAUGGUCAACGCUUACGCAUCAGGUGUUCAUGUGGGAGCAUCAUGGAACCGCGACCUCACAUAUAGCCGUGCCCAGUAUAUGGGCGCUGAGUUUAAGCGAAAGGGCGCCAAUGUUGCGCUUGGUCCAGUGGCUGGGCCCAUUGGCCGCAUAGCUCGAGGCGGGCGCAACUGGGAAGGCUUCAGCAAUGAUCCCUAUCUGUCCGGUGCCUUGACUGGCGACACCGUUCGUGGUUUGCAAGAAUCUGUUAUUGCCUGCGUGAAGCAUCUUGUCGGAAACGAACAGGAAGCGCAUCGGAAGCCGCCAUCACUAUUGAAGAAUAGUCGAAACCAAUCGCUCUCCUCCAAUCUGGACGAUAAAACCAUGCAUGAGCUCUAUCUCUGGCCCUUCCAAGAUGCAGUCAAAGCGGGUGCUGGUUCCGUGAUGUGCAGUUACAACCGGAUCAACAAUAGCUACGGUUGCCAGAAUAGCAAGGUUAUGAAUGGCCUGCUAAAAGGGGAACUGGGCUUCCAAGGAUUUGUCGUCACCGAUUGGGGUGCUCAGCAGGGUGGGAUUGCUAGUGCAGAGGCCGGGCUAGACAUGGUAAUGCCUUCAUCUUCGUACUGGGAGAAUGGCACUCUUGCUCUGGCUGUCAAAAACGAGUCGCUGUCUUCCACACGCCUGGAUGAUAUGGCCACUCGCAUCGUCGCUACUUGGUACAAAUAUGCGGAAAUUGCAAACCCUGGUCAUGGCCUCCCAUACAGCCUUCUCGCUCCCCACAACCUAACCGACGCCCGGGAUCCGAAGUCUAAGCCCACCAUCCUCCAAGGCGCCGUAGAGGGACAUGUUUUGGUCAAGAAUACGAACAAUGCCCUGCCCCUUAAGAAACCUCAGUUUCUCUCACUGUUUGGGUAUGACGCCGUCGCUGUUGCUCGCAACACUAUGGACAACCUUCCGUGGGACAUGUGGUCCAUGGGCUAUGAUAACACCCUAACAUACCCGAAUGGCUCAGCUGUGGACGCAAAUAUGGUUCAUUAUAUGUUUCUCUCGAGUGCAAACCCCACGUCCUCUGCCCCCGGGGUGGCGCUCAAUGGUACGACGAUCACUGGCGGUGGCUCAGGUGCCAGUACGCCAUCUUAUAUUGACGCACCCUUUAAUGCGUUCCAGCGCCAAGCCUAUGAAGAUGAUACGUUCCUUGCCUGGGACUUUGCAUCUCAGAGCCCCCUAGUGAACCCGGCGAGUGAUGCCUGUGUCGUGUUUAUCAACGAGCAGUCUUCAGAGGGAUGGGAUCGACCAUAUUUGGCAGAUCCCGGCUCUGACGAAUUAGUACAGAACGUCGCGGCACAAUGCAGCAACACCAUGGUCGUCAUUCACAAUGCUGGUGUCCGUCUUGUGGACCGCUGGAUUGACAACGAUAACAUCACGGCGGUCAUCUACGCUCAUCUCCCUGGACAGGAUAGCGGCCGAGCCCUCGUGGAGAUCAUGUACGGCAAUCAAUCCCCAUCUGGUCGCCUGCCUUACACUGUGGCCAAGAAUGAAUCCGACUACGGCAGCCUCCUGAGCCCAACAAUUCAAUCCGGUACCGACGACAUUUACUACCCCCAGGAUAACUUCACCGAGGGAGUCUACAUCGACUACAAGGCUUUCGUGGCUGCCAACAUCACACCGCGGUACGAGUUCGGGUAUGGAUUGACUUACUCCACGUUUGCCUACUCUGACCUGAAGGUUUCCACUUCCUCGAACGUGAGCACUGGCUACCUAGCUCCAGGUACUACUGUGGCUGAGGGUGGUCUCGCUUCACUAUGGGAUAUCAUCGCCACUGUGACUUGUACAGUUUCCAAUACUGGGUCUGUUGCAGCGGCAGAGGUAGCCCAGCUCUACGUUGCCAUUCCGGGGGGGCCAGCCAAGGUUUUGAGAGGAUUCGAGAAGCAACUCAUUGAACCGGGAGCACAGGUACAGGUGAGAUUCAAUCUUACUCGUCGCGACCUGAGCUCCUGGGAUACAGAGGAGCAGAAUUGGGGACUACAGACAGGAAGCUACAACCUCUAUGUUGGAAAGAGCGUGCUGGAUAUCCAGUUGGCCGGAUCGUUGAGCUUAUAG